UUAAAGUAAAAGUUAAACCGAAACCUUGUAAUAGGAAGUAAAAACUACAAUAAGUUGUUUGCCCCUACAGUUUUCUAAUACUUCAUGAACUAGUUUAAUUUUACUAACCGUGAAAAAGUGGAUUUACACGUGAUAUGCAUAUGUAACACUGUUGAUUUUGAGAAUUGUGAGUGUAAGGAACGAUAACCCUGCGUAGAGCUUGUCAAAAUACAACCACUGAACCGGAACGUCUAGAAAAUUAAUACAUUUGUGUACUUGAUUUCAACGUGCAAAGAAAACCACGAAAUAUAUACAUUUCUUUAUUUCUUCGGUUUUUCUUAUCAUAACCUAACCUGCGAUAAGUCUAUUUUUAUCCGGUGAGGCUUAUAUAUAGGCCCUGUUCUUUCCUAGGUUUUCCAAGAAUAAAUUUAGAAAGCAGAAGUAGAUAAAACCCCAAUUCAUUUUUUGAAAAACUUGCAGGCUGCGAUAUAGGUACUAGCUAGAUGUGUAUUCGAACAAUCAUAUAAUUUAGAGACUAAAAGUAACAUGGAUAUAUUUUCCGUAAUAGUAGCGCUACUUUCGUUAAUAGUAUUGAUCGCAGUCUUCGCCAUCAAACGCAUGACUUUCAGGAGUAGGCCUUCAUGUGAACAUGAUACGAAAUCUGAGGAAUCGAGAAAACAGGACGAAUUAAAGCCGAUAAGCGUGAACUAUCAUUUAACUCGGCAGUGUAAUUAUAAAUGUGGAUUCUGUUUCCAUACAGCCAAAACAUCGUAUGUGUUACCUAUUGACGAGGCGAAGAAGGGACUGAAAUUGCUGAAAGAAGACGGCAUGGAAAAGGUGAACUUCGCAGGAGGAGAACCUUUCAUCGUAAAACGCGGGUCUUACUUGGGAGAACUGGUGAGGUUUUGUAAGGAGGAACUAAAGUUGCCGAGUGUCACCAUUGUUAGCAACGGGAGUCUUAUAACAGAGAAGUGGUUCGAAAAAUACGGCGAGUACUUGGAUAUUUUGGCUGUGUCAUGUGACAGUUUUGAUCCCGAAACAAACAGACAAAUUGGACGAUGCCAGACCUCAAGCAGAAAGGACCACCUGGAAAGCUUGUACCGAGUUCGAGACUGGUGCAGGACGUACAAAGUUGCCUUCAAGAUUAAUACAGUUGUAAAUGUUCACAACAAAGAUGAGGAUAUGAAUACUGACAUUGCCGAACUUGCACCUUGUCGUUGGAAGGUAUUUCAGUGUCUUUUGAUUGGCGGAGAAAACUGUGGUGAAAAUGCACUACGAAACGCAGAAGCUAUGGUAGUGACGUCACAGGAAUUUCGGAAUUUUUGCGAACGUCACAAGAACAUUUCUUGUUUAGUUCCAGAAUCCAACGAACAGAUGAAAGACAGCUAUCUCCUCCUUGAUGAAUACAUGCGAUUUUUGGACUGCACGAAUGGAAGCAAAUUGCCCUCUCGCUCUAUUCUCGAUGUUGGAGUGAAAAAUGCCCUGAAAUACAGCGGUUUUGAUGAAAAGAUGUUCCUCAAAAGAGGCGGGAAAUACAAAUGGAGCAAAGCCGACAUGAGUUUAGAAUGGUGAUUUCGGAGGAGAGAGACGUGCGCAUAAUGCAUGUACAUGUUUAUCAAAUAGAACCCUCUAUUUUUGAUUUUAAUCAAAUAUUUUUGUUCACAUAGUUGAUAUUUAUUUUUCAUUCGACUUGGGACCUCCUGUAUUAGAACAAAACAGGCAGUCUAAAUUCUUAUUAUAGCAAUGUAAAUGUAUUAAACCCCACCGAGAAAGAAUUCAUAAUCUAUUUUUAUACAUGUGUAGUAGAAACGUUUACAUUAUUUAUGCUUUUGUACCGUUGGGAAUCAUAGCACAAUCCUAAUACAAGUAACCUAGUGUUCAGAACACAAUCUUAAUACAAGUAACCUAGUGUUCAGAACACAAUCUUAAUACAAGUAACCUAGUGUUCAGAACACAAUCUUAAUACAAGUAACCUAGUGUUCAGAACACAGAAUCCUAAUACAAGUAACCUAGUGUUCAGAACACAGAAUCCUAAUACAAGUAACCUAGUGUUCAGAACAGAAUCCUAAUACAAGUAACCUAGUGUUCAGAACACAAUCUUAAUACAAGUAACCUAGUGUUCAGAACACAAUCUUAAUACAAGUAACCUAGUGUUCAGAACACAAUCUUAAUACAAGUAACCUAGUGUUCAGAAGACAGAAUCCUAAUACAAGUAACCUAGUGUUCAGAACACAGAAUCCUAAUACAAGUAACCUAGUGUUCAGAACACAGAAUCCUAAUACAAGUAACCUAGUGUUCAGAACAGAAUCCUAAUACAAGUAAGCUAGUGUUCAGAACACAGAAUCCUAAUACAAGUAACCUAAUGCUCAUCAAAUGUGUGUCAUUUCCACAUUUUUCAUUUUCAUGGAUUUCUAUGAAAAAGAGAAUGGAAAAAAAUGAACACUUUUGGGAAGUAAGAAUUCAUGCGAUUAUGUAUUACACCGAAACAUAUUUUGGCGUACUUUUCACCAUGCAACGAAACGUGAGUAAUAGCCCAAAUCUACUCAUUAUCUUAUUAUGAGUACACUUACAAAUAUAUAGGUUUAUCUUAUAUUGACUGUCUGUUGCUUUAUUUCGUCAUUUCAAAUGUGAUUUCUGUUUUAUGUUACCUUUUUUGUAUGCUCAUUUUGCAUACAUGAAUGUUGAAAAUAUUUUAUUUGCUGUUUUUAAAAUAGCCACAUCAUGCCGUGAGUUCAUCAUUUUUGUUACUUAUUUGUAUAUGAAUCGACGGGUUUGCGUUUGAGUCGACGGGUUUGAAAUAUGUUUAAUUACUAUUUAUUGUUAUCGUCUGUUAAGUCUCCGAAACGAAGUUUGGAGACACAAUGUUUUUCCUCGGUUCUUAUUAUGACCCCGAACACAUAUUGUUUUUGCUCCGUUUCUUCUUAUUAUAUAUUAUAUAAUAUAUAUUAUAAUAUAAUCAAUAUAUAGUAAUAUAUUAUUAUAAUAUAUAUAUUCUGGCAUAUUAUAUUAUAUAUCAUAUAUAUUCUUAUUAUUUCUCUUCUUUGGUGAUAAAAUUGUCUGCUCGAUUUUAUUAAAGUCCUUACACAGAUCCAAUUCAAACUUUAUGAGUUGAAAGGGGAUAAUGAGGGGUGCAAUCAAUUCUCAAUUUUUUUAAAAUGACCGCCAAUUCAAAAUGGCUGCCAAACGUUGAGAAAUUUUUAACCAAAUUCUAUCAAACUCCCCGUCGAGGCCUCAUUACGUCACCUACGUUUGUGAGCAAACGAACUCUGGCGGAAGUUUGCAAAUUCUAUUUCUAGGGUAAUUUGAUGACCCCAAGUCCAUUUCCACCAUCAGUGUUUUUUCGUGCCGCUAUUCUCAAAGUAAUUGCCAUAAUUAUACAGAUAUAUUUCAAAGUGUUAAAAUCUCUACGAGGUUUAGGUUCUGGGGUCAAUUGAGGGUCCACAGUUCAUUUCUAGCAUCAAUAUUUCUUUCAGUUCCAUUUUCAAACGUUUCAAAAUGUCUGCCAAAAAAUCAAGUUUGUCGGAUUUCAACCAAAUGUAAUUUGUAGGGUGAAGUGAAGAUCCCGAGUCCAUUACUGGCAUCAAAAUUUUUAACUGGUCGCGGUAGCUCAGUGGAUUAAUUGAUUGAUUGAUGUUUUCCGUCACACUCAACAAUUUUUCAGUUAUCUGGUGGCGCCCAGUUUUUUAUUGGUGGAAGAGAGAACCCAGAUACAAUGUAACCUGGGAAACUUUCUCACUGAUAUGAUAAAAGGAUGCUGUGACCUACACACUAGUAUCUCCAGCAAUCUUGACCUUGAUCAUAAAAACUCAUAAUGACCGAUAGAGACAUGGAUCUUCAGAUAUGAUAAAUUGAUGCUGAGUUCUACAAACUAGUAUCAAGAUCAGGUGACCUUGACCUCCUACCUUGAACAUAAAAUCUGAUAUAACUUCAGAACCAGAUCUGAUAGGGACCUGGGAUCUUCAAAAGUGAUGAGAGGAUGAUGGGACCUACAAACUAGUAUGAAGGUCAAAUGACUACAGUGAGUUUGACCUUGAACAUAAAAAACAUUUAUAAUUAUAGAAGCGGGACUAAUAGAGACAUGGAAUCUUCAAAAAUGCUGAGAGGAUGUUGGGACCUACAAACUAUGAUUAAGGUCAAGUGAUGCCAGUUUUUCUAUAGGAAAUGGAUUUUUUGAAAAUUCUCAAACUCGAGGUCUUUGUGAUCUAAUUUUUUAAAAUAUAAAAUUAAAAUUGGCAUGGACUUGGUGCAAGGGAGUUAUUAAUGUGGAAGAAAAUAGUAGUGCUCAGAAAAAGCCCAUUUUUAUACAGCCAAUACUUCGUUUGGGAGACUUUAUAAUCGGCAGCUGCAGAUUUUAAUCAUAUCAUGUUAUCAUUUUAUUCUCAGUUUUGUUUGUUUAUGAAAUAUAUAAACAUUUAUCAGAAUGCAAUGCUUUUUCAUGAUAUAUGGAUUAAUUUUAAAGAUCAUAAAAAUGAAAUUGAAAAGGCUUGUUUUAUUUCUUGGAAUCUUUACUAGGGGAGAUAACUAGAUUUCUGAAGUGACUCCCUCUUAGUGACGCAUUUGAGGGGGAAACGUUUUGCUGUAUGAAAUGCUGACAUUCUUUAUUCUUCCUAAAACGUUGUUAAUUUUGUAGUGUUUUCUCUGCUACUUAUUUUCCUAUAUUUAUUUCAAUUAAUAUCUAGAUUUGUACGGAAUCAUGAAUUCCUUGGAAAGUUUGUUUUAUCGCAGUGAAUACUACACCAGUAAUGACAAAUUAAAACAUCACUUGUAAAGAAUAUUCUAGAUCAAUUUAACCCCAUCUGAGCAAGGGGCGUAAUGAUAAUAUAGAUAGCCAUGAUUUAAUUUACACCAGCACUGUGAAAUUGAAACUUGGGUGAAUAUAUCAUUGAUUCGUGCCGGGUUUUCCUCAAUACUUUUAUUUUAUUUUUCUAUUAAUGCUGUUAAUUAAUCAUGUUCUUUUUUUUUUUACUACGUAAUCUAGCGGGUUUUUUAUGUUGUUUGAAUAAUUUAGUAAUGACACAACUUUUUGGCUGAUAAUUUGUCAUUUUAAAGAUUUCAUUAUUAAAAAAUAUUUGCUUUACAUAACACUGAAGAUGAAUGUCUUAUUGAUUCAUUUGUACAUAGAGCUUGACAUGACAUCAUAUUCUCAUCAAAGGAAGUGAUAUUUUGUUUUUCAUGUCUUAUAAUGGAUAUCAUUUGUUAAGUUGUACUGAGCUUUUGAAAUGGAAAACGAAUUUGAAACAUCAAUAUUUUGUUGCCAGAUUUAUAUUCAGUAGCGGAUUCAGAAAUUGUCAAAAGGGGGGAUCCAACUUUGUAGCUUUCAGGCACGUAUCAUCGUAUUUCAAAUCUCCUAAAUCCUAGUUUGUGAAUGGAGAGGAGGGAUGGAGUCCAUGAAAUUUUUUUCCAGACUUCUUUGUCAUAAAUCAUGGGGGAAGGAAGGGUUGGUAGGUUAGUCCUCUAUCAUGCCCGCCUUAAGAAAGUUUUCUCCUAUAAUCUUCAUUGCCUUAAAUCAGGGGGUGGAGUACUAUUAAUUAUCAUACUUCGUUUACAAGAUUUUUAUUCAUAACUUUCAAGCUUUACAUUCUUCUCAUUUACUACUACUGUUAAAAAUAGGGUGGGGAGGGGGGCAAUCACCUAUAUCAAUUAUUUGCAUUAAUGGUCAAUGUCAAAAAUAUGCCUGCCUUAUCCGCCCAAGAAGGGCGAUUGAAGACCGCAAAAUGACAACAAAAAAACCCAAACAAACCAACAAUUCAAUCAAAUGAGGGUUAGGUUUGCAACCCAGUGACCAACCAACUAUCCCCCUCCUCUAGAUCCGCUACUGUCAUUGGAUUAAGGUAUUUCAUUACAAAAUUUAUAUCACUGAAUUAUGUACAUGUAUGAAUCUCAAACGUUAAUCUCGUAUAAGCGCAAUAAAAAACAAAAAAAUU